CUUAUGGGUCCGCUUGCUUAACAGUUGGUUAGCUGUUCGCGUUGCUUUCGGAUUGCUUCUGAGCAACAAAACUCGAUCCGAUCAGACCCUCCAAUCUUCUCACAAAUUCUACAGGUGCAAUCUGAAAAGCAGGAACCACAAGCAUUUAGCUUGCUCAACACUCAAUCAAGAUGCCUCUCUCCAACACUCCCGCCAUCCUUCCAGAAGAGUUUGUUCCUGAUGAGCACACCAUCAUCAUUGGCCGUGGCCGAUUGGUAAAGCAGCACAGUGCCAACAGGAAGUUCGAUAAGAUGGUGGAAGCAAUUGCUCAAGAAUAUGCCGCCACUCCCUCCAAAGCCGAAAAGGGUCUCAUGCUGACACAUCUUAUCAACGAAAUCCAUGAGGCUGCUCCCCUGGCUGGAUUCGUCCGCAAGGAUCCGACCACCAACCAGUGGACUUUGGUUGAGGAAAGUAUUGCCCGUCAAACGGCUGCUCAAGCCAUCCGCAAUGUGCUCAGUCACUCUUACAGGUCUUCCAAGCAAUCCAAGUCCAAGAGACGAUUCCAGCAAAUCGCUGCUGAAAAGCAACUGGAAGCUCCGACGCAACCACUUUUCUUGGCGCCAAAGAUUUCCCCCGUUUUCACAAUGAGUCUUCCUCCGCGCUGUGUGUCUCCCUCCGAAAACAGCUGCUCCAGUCUAGACUCUUCCGGUCGAAGUGCUUGCUCCCGAUGUGGCGCACAUACCAUGCCAGAGGAAACCUUGUCUCUUCUGGUGACUGCUUUUGGACAGGAUCUCACUGAGGACCCCUUUGAACCCCGUCCCAUCCUCGCCCUUCCUAAUGGCUUUGAGCCCAUUCCCUUCGCCAUGUAAAGUGCUACCGUACGCCCAAUCUCUUAAUGCCUUUUCCAUAUUCCUGCCAAUACCAAUACCAAUACCAAUACCGACUAUCCGCUCUGAACAACCAAAUCUGAUCAAACACAAUACACUUUUUGACUGUACAUCAUAAGCAUUCUAUAAGAAACAUUACUAUGCCA